CUCCAACAGUACAUACAAUAUCGCCUCAUUUUCUCUGCCUGAUAAACAGGUUAUCUCAUCCGAUCCUAGGCAAGAGCAUAUCUUGCAUGAACACAAACACGAAACGAAUUACAACAAGGAUGUCACAUUGAUAGACCUCCUGUGUCGCCAUGUUAAUCGCCAAUACAAGUUGUUACAUCAAGUCACUCGAGACAUUGAAGUAUGUCAGGACUUGGCAGAACCCAACUGUUCAGAAGAAGCGGCGCGAUUAUUGGUAAAUCAUGUAGCCCACUUGAUGCAAUCUUCCUUGGAAGUCCAGAAGGAGAUCACCGCCGUUGUUCAAACAUCCAUCUAUCAAACGCAAGCGCCAAAGUCUCUGUCGACUGUUCAUUCGCCGACACCUACAGCAGUACAAGAGAGCAGUGCAUACGUAUCUGAUUUGGCAACACAGCAUACAACCUAUCGUUACAUCCAAGAUGACAAGCAUUCCACAGAGUCCGAUUCAGCACUGAAACUAUGCAAGGAACAAGGCACACGAGCUUCGCUGUCACCGUCACCGUCACCGUCUAGCCAACCAGUGAACCGACAUCAGCGUUGGCGGCUGGUCUUGUCGCCUUCCACACCUGCCCUUGGUUCGAAUUCACCAAGGACUCCUCCCUGUGCCCAACCGUUUACGCCUGCCUGUAAUUUUGAGCGUAUCUACGGUGACCGUAGCGCACCAGGCACUUGUUGCUAUUGCAACCAAGCUAUUACUUUUCAAAAGUCUCAAUCAGCCGAAGCGGUGCUUCAAACACUGCACGACUCUUGGAUGGCGAGCGAUAAAGACAGCAAUGGCAGUGGUAGCAGUACCGUCUUAUCCACGCAAAUUCACAGUCUGUCCGAUUCAACCACGCUCAACAGCAUCUUGGAUACGUUUCCGCGUUUGGAAACUUUCACUAGAAGUCGGUCCGUCGCUUCCUCCCUAGAAUGCCUAUCAUCUGAUGAACACGGUUUCCGUUCGCUGUUUCGACCCGUCAUGAAGAAAAAAUCAUCCCUUUUCAACUUGUUUCGGCCCAAGAAAAAUAAAGUGACGAUCCACGACACGAAACUGGAAGUCUAAUAACUUUUCAAAAGUAACCAAACAAGAAACAGACAUCAAUAAUCACCCUAUUCAUUGCCAUUUGCCGAAAAAAACAUUAAAUUGUAUUGGGACAUGUAUUUAGCCAUUUCGCG